AUGAACAUUCUCCAUCACAAAUCAUGGCACGUUCGGACAAAAUCCAACAUGGAACGGGUUCGCCGAGACGAGCGAAAAGCCGCCGAAGAUGAGCAGCGUGUGCUCGACAGGCAAAUUCAGGCGGAAAACGAGCGGCGCCUGAUGCAGUUGAGAGCCCGAGCCGAUCAACGAAUGGAGACGAUGUUUAGUGGAGGAGCUGGUUCGAGCUCAGCUGGAGCAGCAAAAGAUGUCAGCAUUUCAGAUGAAACGGGACAUGUGAACUUGUUUCAGGAUCUCGAACGUGAAGAACGAAAAAACUAUGGAUCCGGAAACCGCGACUACGAAGCGGAAAAAGCUGCCGAGAAGAAGGAAUGGGAGUCGAAAAUGGGAAUUCAGGUGUAUUUCGCGGAUAAUACGAACGAUUUAAACAAGAAAAAAGAGUGGUACGAGGAGCUGCCGCUGCGAAGAGCCGCCGAGCCACUUGAUCGACGAAAAGCGCGCGAUGCUCUGCCGUGUUUGAAGCGGAAAGAGCUGGAAGAGGAGAGGAAGCGGAAACGAGAGGAUAGUGAUAGUGAAGAAAAGGCGAAGAAACGGCAUAAAAAAGACAAGAAGAAGAAGAAAAAAAAGCACCGCCACCGUGAUAGCUCUGAAGAACGUCAACUCGAAGAGGAAUACGAUCGAGAACGACGGCAGAAGCUGGCGAGCAUGCGAGACGAGCGUCUGAAACGGGAACGAGUCGAGAAAGCGAGAGCCCAUGCUUUGCUACAUCCCGAGGAAAUUGAGCUGCUGCAGAAACGAAAAGCCGCCGAGGAUUCGGAGGAGAAGCGUGGAAAGAAGAAAAAGUACAACUCGCAAUUUAAUCCUGAAUUUUUUAGGCAAUAAUUUGGUUUUUUUCCCCGUAUUUUUCCCGUAUUUUUUAAUGUAAAUUUGAUCUGUUUUCCCGCCAAAGUCUAAUAAAUUCCAUCAAA